AUGACCCCGUGUUAUUAAAAAAAGCAUUUAUUUUUUGUUUAUUCCAUUCACUCCAUCUUUACUUUUCACUUUUGAAUACAUCAUAGAAUUUACACUUAUCAAGAAUGUCCGAUUUCAAAACCGCAACCAACCUCACUAAGGACUCCAAGGAGCAUGGAACCGCUGACUACGCCACCACAUUCAAGGUCAAGACUGGACUUGCUCAGAUGCUCAAGGGUGGUGUGAUUAUGGACGUUGUCAACGCCGAGCAGGCGCGCAUCGCCGAAGAGGCCGGUGCCUGUGCUGUCAUGGCCCUCGAGCGCGUGCCCGCCGAUAUCCGCAAGGACGGCGGUGUCGCACGCAUGUCUGACCCGCAGAUGAUCCGCGAGAUUAUCGAGGCUGUCACUAUCCCGGUCAUGGCCAAGGCCCAGAUCAUUGAGGCUAUCGGCGUCGACUACAUCGACGAGAGUGAGGUCUUGACCCUUGCCGACGAGACCUACCACAUCGACAAGCACGACUACAAGAUUCCCUUUGUCUGCGGUGCGCGCAACCUGGGCGAGGCCCUGCGUCGUAUCUCGGAGGGUGCCGCGAUGAUCCGCACAAAGGGUGAGGCCGGAACCGGUGAUGUUAUCCAGGCUGUCAAGCACAUGCGCACAAUGAACGACCAGAUCCGCCAUGCCACUUCAUUGGACAAGAUGGAGCUGUAUAACUACGCCAAGGAGCUCGGCGUCUCGAUUGAUCUAUUGCGCGAGGUCGCUCGUCUUGGCCGUCUGCCCGUCGUCAACUUUGCUGCCGGCGGUGUUGCCACUCCUGCUGAUGCCGCGUUAAUGAUGCAGCUUGGAUGUGACGGUGUAUUUGUUGGAUCGGGUAUUUUCAAGAGCGGAGACCCGGCCAAGCGCGCUCGCGCCAUUGUCAAGGCUGUUACUCAUUUCAGGGACGCCAAGCUGCUGGCUGAGGUCUCUGAGAACCUGGGCGAGGCCAUGGUCGGCAUCAACUGCAGCUCGCUGGCUGAGAGCGAGCGGCUGGAAAAGCGCGGUCACUAAUUUGCAAUUAGCAGCAGUCUUAUUUGGUUUUAUCAAAUCAGUCAGACAUAUUGAUCAUCCAUCUCGCUUCCAAAUGUAUUGGCUGAUGCUGCCAAUUGCAAGCAAAUGCAGAUCGAAUGUUGCACAUUAUUGCGUCAAUAGUUUUGUUAUCAUUAUCAUACAAAGCAAUAAUGUUUGGAUUUUGCAAUACUAAUGUGUUUACCGCGAUGUGCGCUGGGAACCCAUUAAAAUCGAACUAUUAUAAACGUUCACUCAUUUGCGUUCUUAAACCAGUAUAAAGAU